AAGUGUCAGGAUAGACUAUUUCUUCAUAAACCACUCAUAUUUAGUAUAAUAAGUCUAUAUAUUAAUAAAAGAUACCACGUUUUUUUCGUCUUGAAGUAGAUCAGUAUGUCAGUUACUGUACUUGGUAAUCUCACCACCCCGAAUUAAACUUUAAAUGAGACUUUACCACGAUGUGUUGUCCAUCUCUUUCAUUUGGUCUGUUUAACUGGAUCCAGUCAAUUAGGUGAAAUCGAUUUCAGGGACUGCUGGAGAACAUUGUAGAAUGGCAGAAGCAAGACCACCGCCAGAUGACCCAGUAAGGCAUCCAGCUUCACCUGAGGAUGAAAACCAAAGUUUAAGAGAUGACGCUAUUGCAAAGUUUACUAAACUGCAAGAGUUUCCAUCGUUCGCAAAACAGGAUGAUACUGGAUGUAUGGGAGGAUUACUGUCAGCUGCUCUACGCCUGCUCAAUGCAAGUGGUGUGAACGACGAGCACAUCAACGACAUCAUUGCUGGUAUAGUAAUAGGAGGGUAUGUGUUUAAGGGCUUUGAUUAUCUGCACAAACUCUGUGCAGUUGGGAAGUUUGCUCCAUUUAAAGAUAAAUUUGAUUUUGUCAAAAUAUGGCUCAAAAGAUUGGAGCAAAUGGAGAAGAAGAUUACUGGUAGAUUUGAGGAACUUGAAAAGCACUUGACAGCAGUUUCGAAGAAAGGAGAAGACAAAUUUAGUAGCCCAGACUGGAAACAGUACCGGAUUGAACUAAAAUUUAUAGAGGAUGACUUGAAAGAGUUUGUUCAGAUUCUUGAUAGAAUUAGGGAUACACCAGGGUUAAAUAGCUUCUGGGUUCAUUUUGAUAAGAACGAUGAAAAAUACAUCAAAGAGUGCAUAUGCUCUAAGAAAGCCCGGUGGAAGCUUUUUCGUUGUUCUUCUUAUGUGGUGUGGGGCGUAUUUGGCCUUGGUGCACUAAUAGUGCUGCAACCGAGUAAAAUCAUGAUCGCUGCUGGUGUUGCAGUAUUGGGUACGUUAGGCCUUGGAGUAUGGAACCUUGAGGGGUAUUAUUCAGACAUUGAUAUUGAACCAAUUUUAAAGAAUCUACAUGAAACAAUGAGAUACUUUGAAGGGAAGAAAGAAGAUUUUAAGUUAAACCAGAUGAAUAAGAAUGCAACGGUGAUGAUGGAAUCCCUGGGACGCUUCAUGACAUCUAUGGAACAUCCUAUGGACCCCAGAUUCCAACCAAAUAUACCAGAAGAGGUGGAUAAUGACGAUGAAGAAGGAUUUGGACUUUGAUUACACAGCUACAUUUACAGCUAUUUCACUGCCUGAGUUAUCAAUGUCCACCUUCUUCACCAAUCAUUACCGGUAUCAGAUAUGUACAAGCGUAAAAAUUCACUCAUGUCCCAAUUCCAAUGUGCCACCACAGAUGUAAGAUACUCUCUUUUCAAGAGUUCUUGUAUGUCUCUCUACGGCAGCCCAAAGCUGGAUUUGGCUAACCCCCAAAUACAGCGUGUUUACACUGCCAGGAGGAAAUGCGUUCAUAUAGUUAUGGGCAUUUCACCCAGAACCCACAACAACCAUUUUUCCGCAAUUAUUAAUGAUUAUGACAUCACGAUUACUCUUGAAAGGCGUCUUAUCAACUUUGUCCAUAACUCCAAUGUAUCUUCAAAUGUGUAUUUCUGAAAUUAUGCACCCAGAUGGUACUUGCGGGCAGUGGAUCGUCUGUGGGCAGAUCCCUGACUUUUAUCUGUGCAAGCCAUCUAAUAUCUAGAAGAGAUCUGGUUAGAAGGACAUUUUUACGAUGUAUUGUGCCGUCGUCAAACUUGGCCGUUCAGAUUCAGUUGCUCCACAUGAGAGAUUCGGGUGGUGGAUUCCUAGCAAUCGAGGAGAUAAAUGAGAUUGGAAUAUCUAUGUACAUCUUAGGUGAUUUCCUUGGUUGAUGAGAGUCUACUGCGAGAGUGCCUCAUGUGGAAUGUGCUAAAAUUCAUAUCUUUUCAUUAAUUUACCUGUUCAUAGCUAGCUAGAAAUUUGAAUUUAUUGUAAAUAGUUGUGGCUCUAUAAUUUUUGUCAACGCACUGCGUUUUCACUGUGCACUUUGUGUAUUAGCAUGUAUUUAUUAUACUUUGUACGAAUAAACAUACAUAUACGUAUUGUUUUGUUUCAGGCCCAGUGAGAUGAAUUUUACUAACUGAUAUCUCCGAGCUCUAUUUUAUGUAUUAAAACUGUAUUUGGCCCUGAUAGGGAUUCUUUUGAAAUCAGCCAUUUCCGUAAGUCUUUAAUGAGAGGACAUUGGAAUAAAAAGUGAAAUUCAUUGCCAAGCUCGUCAUUAUUACAUUUUUGACACUUUUGAUCAUUGGUGGCUGCAACAAUUGAAUAAGUAUCCGACGGUAGCUUGCUAUUUGAUGUUAUCUUUUAAAAGCCCCCUCUUGUCAGAAUUUGGUACUGAGUGCUAGUGCUGUAUAGUAUUGCUUCUACAUUCAUAUAUACAUCUAUUAUUAAUUCUUGAUUUUAUUUAUACUUUUGACCAUGUCUUGUAUCACGAUCUGUGCGCUUGAUAA